CGGGCGGCCGCCGGCGCUUCCCAGCGUGCCUCGGUGCUGCGCUCCGCUCGGCCUCCGUCCGCCGCCAGCCGCUGGCGUCGGUGCCGUCCUGCGUCCGGGCAGGCCGCGCAGCUGGGAGCCGCCAUGGAGACAGAUGAUACCGGAAACCGGCUCCGCUUCCAGCUGGAGUUAGAGUUUGUGCAGUGCCUGGCAAAUCCCAAUUACCUCAACUUUCUCGCACAAAGAGGCUACUUCAAAGACAAAGCUUUUGUAAAUUAUCUGAAGUAUUUGCUUUAUUGGAAGGAGCCUGAAUAUGCUAAAUAUCUGAAGUAUCCUCAGUGUCUGCACAUGCUGGAGCUGCUCCAGUAUGAGCAUUUCCGCAAAGAACUGGUAAAUGCACAGUGUGCUAAGUUCAUUGAUGAGCAGCAGAUCCUUCACUGGCAGCACUACUCACGGAAGAGAAUGCGCCUCCAGCAAGCACUUGCAGAGCAGCAGCAACAAAACAACACCUCUGUAAAAUGAAAAGUGCUUGGAAGGGUGAUGCUGAGGUUUGGUCCUGGGUGUCUUUGCAUUUAAGUUUUGUUUUCUCAAGUGACUCGGUUGGUUUCUUGCUUUUAUUUGAGGAGCUUUUAUAGACACAAGACUGAUAAACAGCUACUCCUGACAUUAUUUUGUAGCACUGAGCAUGACUUAGUUUAGUUACUGAUUGCUUUCGACUUUGAAAACGAAGGGGAAUUUUGUUACUUACUGACACUGAAGUAACAAAAAGUGUAAAAGUAUAACUUGGAAGUCUGCUCUUAAGAAGCUUUUCCCUGGAGAAUAAAGUAUCUCUAAGUGUG